AUGCCUUUAAUGAAAAAAAACUCUGACUAUAUUAAGAAAUUUUUUGAUAUAUAUGAUAUCAAACGAAUGACGCCGCUUGAAUAUUUAUGUUGGAAAUAUUCAGAGACAAAGAAAUUAUACACCACUUUGGAAUCUGAAAAAACUGAUUAUAUUAACUUUAUAAAUGACAAGUUGGAUAAAGAAUCAAUUAAACAUCAUAAAACG